AUGCAGGAGAAGCCGAGAAAUCCUGCGCCUCUAAGCGAGCUUGUAGUGGCUGUGAACCCACCUCCGAUAUGUGGUCGGCCCAACGUCACCGUUUCUCGUCUAUAUGCGGAACACCGCAAACUGGCCGUGUAG